AUGAUUAGACGAGGUUAUGCUAAUUGCGGGACCCUGCGUUUGUAUUUAUCGCUACCACGACGGGGCCGAAAUCCUAGCGCCGGCAGGAUCUCAGAGCCGCAGAGCCUCAGCCCUGUGGUUUCGGACAGGACCGUGAACCGGAAAACAACCGGCCAGCUCCUCUCGGAGAAGGUUACGUACGACAUGUCCUCGAAAAUUAACAUCAAAAAAGGGGCAACCACAUUUUGCUGCCCCGUCCUCCAAAUUCAGCUUUUCCCAGGGCAGCAGUUGACAGCGAAAAUUGAUUGUCCGAAACCUCCAUGGCGUGGUGAUGAUCCGGAAUCAGAGGUAGCUGGAGAGACGUGCAUCAAAUUGCCCCUCCUCACAAAAGACAAGUGGUAA